AUGCCUGCAGCACUUAAAAAGCUGCCUAAACCUACCUGGCAGGAGAGCUCCGUUCCUCCCGGCCGCCGUCGGGCUUCUCAGCAGCCUCCCUCGCGCGCACCGCCAGCCGGGGUCGGUGGCACCCGGGAGAAGAACGGCUGUUCCAUGCCCUCCGUCUUCCUCCCUGCUCUGCGGCUGACAGCUUUGCGCUCUGCAGGAUUGCAACAGGGCUCGGGCUCCCAGACCGAUCGGGCAGGAGAGGGAGGAGGCGUCCCUCGAACCGCCUCCUGCCUCGGGGCGCAGCUGCGCUGCCAGGGGAACCUCGCAGAGCUCGGGGCGCAGCACCGCCAGCAGCAGCAGCAGCAGCGAAGGGAGCCGUGCGCUUAUUUAUACAGGAAGCUCAGGCGCGCACUUCCUACUUCCCAUCUGGGUCUCACUUCAGCUGCAGGUGAUGGUCUUAACCCUGUCCGAACCCGGCGGCCCGCGCGCCGCAGCAGUCCGGCCCUCCUGCGCUCGCUCCGCUUAGCAAGACCUCUCUCUUGUCCUCCUGGGACGCCCGCUGCAGACAGCCGGGGCAGGGAGGCCAGCAUCAUCAGCCGCUGGCGUCCUUCCUUCCGCCCGGACCGGGACACUUCUUCACCUAAGUGGCUUUCAGAACUCGCUUCUUCUCCUCCGCACGUGUCCUCCCGGGACACCUGUCUUUCCCCUCCCUCCCAGCCCUCCCAGCCCUCCCAGUCUCGUUUCUACUUCUAA